AUCCAUUUCGGUUGUCUUCUUCUUCUCUCUCUAGUCUCUACGUCUUCGUUUUCCAGAAACUUGAUUUGCUCCUUGCUUGAGGAAAGUUCCCAACUUUGGUUUUCUAAAUCAAGUUCGAGAAGGGGAUCGCAAAGUACAUUUAACAAUCUCUCGAGCUCAAAUCAUGGACUCCACAGAACAAUCUAUCAUACCAGGCUUACCUGACGAUUUAGCUUUAAUAUGCAUAGCCAAGCUCUCUCAUGGCCAUCACGGAGCCCUCGAGUGCGUCUCUAGAGGGUGGAGAGACUUACUUCGCAGCGCAGACUACUCCUGCUUCAAAGCUAGAAACGGAUGGUCUGGCACCUGGUUGUUCGUUCUCACCGAACAGUCCAAGAACCAGUGGGUCGCUUACGACCCCGAAGCCGAUCGAUGGCAUCCCUUGCCUAGAACCAGAGCUGUUCAAGACGGCUGGCAUCACUCUGGCUUUGCCUGUGUUUGCGUUUCGAAUUGUCUGCUUGUGAUUGGGGGUUGCUACGCGCCUUCGUUGUCGUCGUUUCCGCAUCAGAAGCCUGUUGUCACUGGAGAUGUCAUGCGGUUUGACCCGUUUAAGAAAGAGUGGAAGAUGGUUGCGAGUAUGAGAACGCCGAGGACUCACUUCGCUUGCUCUGCUGUCUCUGGGAAAGUUUAUGUCGCUGGAGGUCGUAAUUUGACGCAUUCCAGAGGGAUUACGUCUGCUGAGGUUUAUGAUCCUGUGGCUGAUAGGUGGGAGGAUCUACCAGCAAUGCCUAGACCGCAGAUGGACUGCUUGGGGCUAUCGUACAGAGGCUCCUUUCAUGUUUUGAGUGAUCAGGUGGGGUUCGCGGAGCAAAGCUUCUCUGAAGUCUUCAAUCCGUUAGAGAUGAGUUGGUCCACUGUGGAGGAUAUAUGGCCAUUCUCUAGAGCCAUGCAGUUUGCUGUUCAGGUGAUGAAGAAUGACCGAGUGUACACGAUUGUGGAUUGGGGAGAGAGCUUGAUCAAGACAAGGGAUACAGACGAAGGAGAAUGGUACAAUGUUGGUUCGGUUCCUUCUGUUGUUCUUGCUAAUCAUCCGAGGGAGCUAGAGGCGUUUGGAUACGGAUUUGCAGCUCUGAGGGAUGAGCUCUUUGUUAUUGGAGGCAAGGUUCUUAAAUGGGAAGAAUCGGGGGCAGGGAGGUUUGCCAUUGUGAGAUUGUCUGUUGUGAGGGUAUGUAACCCUUUGGAUAGGCCUUUGAAUUGGAGAGAGACCAAACCAAUGUGCAUUCCAGCCUGUGGGUCCAUCAUUGGUUGUGCAUCUUUGGAAGAAUCUUCUCUGCCUUAACCAAGGCGAUGGAAUCUCUCCGGAUGCAUAUAUUUUUACAGUAUAGUUGCAGUCGAUUCUUCAAUUGUGGGCAUGGUUAGAAGAGAAACGUAGUAAAAAGAGGAGCCAUGGAGGAGACUUGGUUUUCAUUAGUAUCUGGUUUAAGCUUUUUUUCACAAACACGUAACUUUGCCAUUCCAUUUGGGCAUUUCUACUGCAGAAGUCUUGCAUUGCUUGUGGAUAAGAUAAGAGAAAAGUUAGCAUA